CAAUUUUAAUCAGCUUCACCCUGAAUUGUUAGACGCUUGGCCUUGCAAGCCCAGAGACUGUUGCUAUGGUUACAAAUGGUGUAUUAAAGCCCGGAACUUUGGCGUAUAUUUUGACCACUACCUACAGGGCUUCUUAGUAAAAAGGCGCGCUCUUCUAACUAGCCACGCCUCUUAGUGAUGAAGGCAUUAGGGGACAGCCAAUGGCAGGACGGUCUAGUUGUGCGCGCCGGGUGGUUUUAGCCUGUGAGAGGAGGGAAUGGGGGAAAAGCACACGACUGUCACCGUACAAACAUGGCGGAAAAUUCAAACGGCGCGCUAGGCUGCAUGGUGAGGUGCCUCUUGUCGGAGUCAGAACUACAGGAGCUGUGUCGGGUGGAGCAGCUGUGCUGUGCUGAGCUGGGAGUCACUCGCAAGAACAUUAGUGAUUUUGAAGUGGAAUAUCUGUGGAACUACAAGAAAAUGCAGGACCAGGAGCUGUACCUUGUGAAGUGGAAAUAUUACCCUGAUUCCGAAAGCACCUGGGAACCCCGACAUCACCUCAAGUGCAACAAUCUCCUGAAGCAGUUCCACUUGGACCUGGAGCGGGAGCUGCUACGGCGAGCAAAGGCUGCUGGGAUAAAGAAGGCGGCGGCGCGGUGUCCCCGCAGGUUGGACCAGAGCCUUUCCCACUAUUUAGUGCUAAAAGCCAAGCAGAGGAAGCGAUUGCGCCAGUGGGAACAGCAACUCAAUGCCAAGCGCUCACACCAUGGUCUUAUCCUCGUGGCUAAUGAAGUGGACCUGGAGGGCCCACCCCUUGACUUUGUUUACAUUAAUGAGUACAGGGUGGGAGACGGGGUGGCAAUCAACCAAAGUUCAGUAGGAUGCAAAUGCCGGGACUGUUUUUCAGAUGAAGGGGGCUGCUGUCCAGGGGCCUUCCAGCACAAAAAGGCCUACAAUAAUGAGGGGCAGGUGAAGGUGAAGCCUGGCUUUCCAAUCUACGAAUGUAACUCACACUGCCGCUGUGGCCCCUCUUGCCCUAAUCGUGUGGUUCAAAAGGGAAUCCAGUACAAAUUCUGUAUAUUCAGGACAUCAGAUAGGAGAGGGUGGGGUGUGCGUACGCUGGAAAAGAUUCGCAAGAACAGCUUUGUUAUGGAGUAUGUGGGAGAGAUAAUAACCUCUGAAGAAGCGGAACGGAGGGGCCAAGUCUAUGACCGUCAAGGAGCCACCUACCUGUUUGACCUGGAUUAUGUGGAAGAUGUUUAUACAGUGGAUGCUGCUCGUUAUGGAAAUAUAUCGCACUUUGUAAACCACAGUUGUAAGCCGAAUCUUCAGGUGUACAACAUAUUUAUCGAUAACCUGGAUGAAAGGUUACCCCGUAUUGCUUUCUUUGCUACCCGAACAAUCCGCACAGGGGAGGAGUUGACAUUUGACUACAAUAUGCAGGUGGACCCAGUGGAUGUGGAAAGUAGCAAAAUGGAUUCUAACUUUGGCUUAGCAGGUCUCCCUGCAUCUCCCAAGAAGCGAGUUCGGAUGGAAUGCAAGUGUGGAGAAAGCAGCUGCCGCAAGUACCUCUUCUGAGAGAUGGACCAGUCCCAGCUCUGCCUCUACCGCCUGGACUUGAUUGGUUCCUACAUACACUUAAAUCAUCUGCUGCUCCAGCCAGCACAAUGAGAACAUUGCCACCCUUUGCAGUGAGAGCAGUUCCUAAAUGGAAAACCCUAGCAAGUAACUGCACAGUACUGACUUGAUGAAAUAUUGGUGCUAAAGUCUUUGAGACGUGAGAGUUGCUGCCUGGUCCUCAUCUGUGAAUUGCUCCAUACUGCUAGUGUUACUGGCUCAUAAUCUGUUUUUACUUGAACUUUCCUGUUCCCUGAUACUGUCUGUGAUGCCCAGCGGGCAGUCGGUGAUUCACCAGAGGGAAAGUGGGCUAUGAAAUAAUGCCUGCAUCCUUUCAGGUAGUUGUUUUUUUUUUACCGGUUACGGAUUUUUAGUCUAUUUUCUGAACAUGUGUUUUUAUGCAUGGGGGCGGAGGAAAAUGACUUGGAGUUGUGCAGUGACAGGGUUCAUGUGCAAGUUAUCAGUGGUUUACGCAGCCUGGGCUACAGCCUGGAUUCUCUGCUCAUAGCCAAUGGCUUCAAUCUGUACCCACAACUAACAGUGUUGGAACAAAAGGGGCAAGGUUUUUAUUGCAAACUGUCCAAAGCCUGAGCUCUUGUUCCUAACGUGACCUCCCAAGUUCCUGUGUAAGGACUUUGUAUCUGUGUGGCUACUGUGCCUCCUGUCCGUUUUAACAACAUUUUUAUAUGUCUGCUUCUUGUUUUAAAAGUGAAAAUACAUUGUUUUAUUUGUGA